AAUGUGCAAUUUGUACUAUUGUGAACUACAUCUAUCUUGUAUAAUAUUUAAUCUUAUCAUGUGUUUUUUCCAAGAAAACUUUGACAGAAAUGCAGCAAUAUCUCUAUCAGAUGUUCAUUGCAAGAAUUAGAAGCUUCACUUUGUCUAGUAAAUAUCAUCCUUACAAAUCCAAAUUCAUAAUGCCAACCACAUAGUGCCAUUAAGAUAAAGCUGAAUAUGCUUAUGUCUGCUCUUGCGUCAUCAGUUCACAAUCAACAUGUAUAAAUUAAGUUAGAUUAGUGUAACAACCUGAAAAAUAACAAAAUCAUUCUCUGAUUUUACUACUAAUAUUGUUUAACAAUGGGUGUUCCAACAAUGCAGCCACAUUUUGUGUUGUUACCUUUCAUGGCACAAGGCCACACAAUCCCUAUGAUUGACAUUGCGCGUCUACUGGCACAACGCGGAGUUAUAAUCACAAUCCUUACUACACACUUGAAUGCCAAUAGAUUCAAGAAAGUCGUUGAUCGCGCAAUAGAGGCAGGACUAAAGAUUCAGGUGGUUCACCUCUAUUUUCCAAGCUUAGAGGUUGGACUACCUGAAGGGUGUGAAAAUUUCGACAUGCUUCCAUCAAUGGAUUUCGCGUUGAAAUUCUUCGAUGCUACGGACAGACUUCAACCCCAGGUGGAAGAAGUGUUGCAAGAACUCAAACCUUCACCAAGUUGCAUAAUAUCUGACAUGUGUUUCCCAUGGACAACUAAUGUUGCACAAAAAUUUAACAUCCCCAGGAUUGUUUUUCAUGGGAUGUGUUGUUUCUCUUUGUUGUGCUUACACAAUUUGAGAGACUGGGAGGAGUUAGAAAAGAUAGAGUCUGAUACAGAGUACUUUCAAGUGCCUGGAUUAUUUGAUAAGAUUGAACUAAACAAAACUCAGCUUGGAAAUGCUGUUAGGCCAAGAAAUUCCGAUUUGAAAGAAUUUGCUGAUCAAAUGAAGAAAGCAGAAGAGGAAGCUUUUGGGAUAGUGGUUAAUAGCUUUGGGGAUUUGGAACAAGAAUAUGUCAAGGGAUUGAUGAGUACCAAAGGCAAGAGAAUUUGGGCCAUUGGCCCUGUUUCACUUUGCAACAAAGAUAAACAGGACAAAGCUGAAAGAGGGAACAAGGCUUCAAUUGAUGAACACGAGUGCCUAAAGUGGCUUGAUUCUUGGGAACAAGACUCUGUACUCUUUGUAUGUCUCGGUAGCCUAUCGCGUCUUUCCACGUCUCAGAUGAUAGAGCUGGGGCUCGGGUUAGAAGCAUCGAAACGACCCUUCAUUUGGGUUGUUAGACACAUGUCUGAUGAGUUCAAAAAUUGGCUGGUGGAACAAGAUUUUGAGGAAAGAGUUAAAGGACAAGGACUUCUAAUCCGCGGUUGGGCGCCACAAGUACUAAUCUUAUCUCACCCUUCAAUUGGAGCAUUCUUGACGCACUGUGGAUGGAAUUCUAGCCUGGAAGGUAUAUCUGCUGGCGUGCCGAUGAUCACUUGGCCAAUGUUUGCUGAGCAGUUCUGCAAUGAGAGGCUAAUAGUGAACAUACUAAAGACAGGAGUGAAGGCCGGCGUGCAGAAGCAAGUGAUGUUUGGGGAAGAAGAGAAAUUGGGAGCACAAGUAAGCAAAGAUGAUGUUAAGAUGGUCAUUGAAGAAGUGAUGGGUGAAGAAAUGGAGGCUGAAAUGAGAAGAAAAAGAGCUAAAGAAUUAGGAGAAAAGGCAAGGAUGGCUGUGGAUGAAAGGGGUUCUUCUCAUAUCAACUUGACACAAUUGAUUCAAGAUGUCACAGAGGAAGCUAGUUUCUUAAAAUUUAUCUAGUAACUAUAAAGAUUGAGUUAGGAUGUAGUGCAAUUAAUGUAUACCAUAUAGUUCAAAUCAAGUAUGAACAAUGACGUUAUAUUGGGUAAAGCUCAAUCACUUUAAUGUAACAAUAAAUUUUAUGGUCUUA